AUGUUACGUAAAUUUUCUCUAAGUUCUUAUUCUAUUUUUAUAGUCAUCUUUUCUGUUUAUGCGAUUCUGUUUUCAGAAUUCAAUGCAGAAAAAUGUGAACCAGCAGGAUUGAACAAAACAUGCUCCUGCGGAAAAUGUUUUCCUGGAUUGUUUUGCAACAAAAGUGAAAUUUGUACCAUUGACAUUGGUAGUUGUAUCUCACAUCAGUGGAUUGAUGGUAAAUGGAAACCGAAGUGCGAAAUAGAUGGUACUUAUUCGCCUGUACAAUGCAAAGGGGAAUUUUUAAAUGGACGAUGUUUUUGUUAUAAUUCUACUGGAUCAAGAAUUUUCGGAUGGUCUUGGUGGAAGUUUGCCGAAAAUAUGACAUGUAGUUGCAGUCUUCAUUCAGAGAAAUUGAGCAUUGACAGAGAAGAUGUGUCCUUGCAUUGUGCAGAAAAUGGAAAUUAUGAAGAGAUGCAAUGCGACAAUGGCUUAUGCUGGUGUGUAGAACCGAUGUCAGGCAAACCGACACAACGAGUUUAUCCCGAAUCAAUGAUGACAUAUUUACCUUGCUAUAAUAAAAGGAACAUAGGUUAUAAAUAUUUACGACAAUGUGAAAGUAAAAGCGUUGCCAGGGCUAAAUUACUUAAACGUUUGAAGUACCACGGGCAUGAAUUUUUUAACGUAGAAAAAGUUUUUUGCGAUAAAGAUGGAACUUAUGGAUAUUAUAAUAUCAACGGCAAAUACAUACAGUGUUCAUGGAAAGACGGUAAAAGAAUCGAUAUUUAUCAGGCUGAAAUUAAAAACAUUAAAAAUAUAAAUUGCAAUUGUGCUCGUGAUUCUAUCAUAUUUGCUGAAUCUAAAGUUGAAUUUAGAUCAACUUGUAGUAGUAAUGGAAAUUAUGACUUUCUUCAAAAUACGAAUGAAUAUCCGUUUUGUAUCGAUAGUGAUGGCUUUUUCACAGGAAAAAUAGGCAAUAUUGGAGAAGAAUUAACAUGCAAUGGUUAAAUGGAGCGAAUAUUUAACAGUAUUAUGUUUCAUAGAAGAAAAUAAAAAGAUCCGAUAUCUACAAUAGAGGAA